AUGACCAUUGAUAACCUUCCUGAACCUGGGUCGACUAUAACGGCCUACUGUUCGGAUACAUUUAUUAAGGGGGAUGUUCUUUGUAUAGACGUUCCCAAAAAGUUAAUUGUACUGCAAAAAGCAUCCAGCAAUGAUCAUCCAGACACGUGUGAUAUACUGAUUCUAAAGGCUGAGUAUUUGAGAGAUUUGAAAAGCAUCAGCAAAGGAUCACCACCACCAUGCCCUGAAUUAAGUAUUACUAAGAUUGUCGAACGUAUACGGGCUAAUGAGCGAAUUCAACAAGAGAAGUUAAAAUUCUACGGCCACGAUGUUCCAACCGAAGCUCGUGAACUAGCUGAAUACCUCGAAACGUUUUUCAGUGUUGUCUGGGACAAACCAAAUGUUGUAGUGAUGGAGCACACGAUCAUCAGUCCGCCUUAUAAAGAGGGCAAUGUGUCUUGCAAUUUGGACACACAGCAGGCUAAAUCUCAGACGGAAUAUGUACAAAAAAUGGUUAGGUCUUAUCAAGAACGAGUUUUGGAAAACAGAAGUGGAAAUUAG